AUGGCCCUCGGCACCAUCGCCAUACCCGAAACACUACACUUCCUGAAGUCUCACCCCUCACACCCCUCACCUUCUCAUAUCACCAUGACUGACCCCUUCAAAUCUUUUGAUGAUUCACCCCGGACGAAGCCACCUGCGGUUUCCCGGAGUGUCUUUGCCAUUGCCGGCAUCUCGGUGACAGUCUUCGGCUUGCAAGAGCUCCGCGCCGAAGCCUCCGAGGUCGCAUGUCUAUGGCUGCUACACCCUAGACUAGGAACCCAGAAGCGGAUGAUCCGUGUGGCGAAUGCCUCUAUCACCGAUUGGAACACGAGAAUCAAGGAUUCGCCAUCAGCCAAGGGCUUGAUUGGAGUGGCAUUUGAUCAGAGAAACCAUGGCUCGCGCGAGAUUGAGCCUCUGGCCAAUGAAUCCUGGAAGAAGGGAAACCCUAGACAUGCCCAGGAUAUGUUCUCCAUCUUUCAGGGCACUGCAAGAGAUACCUCAGUGCUGAUGGACUACCUGGCCGCCUAUACGUUCCCCCAUGGCGAGCACAAUAUUACAGAGAACCUUGUAUUGGGCGUCUCGCUAGGUGGCCAUGCAGCCUGGAGCUGCUUGCUACAUGAGCCUCGCAUCACUGCGGGUGUCGUGAUCAUCGGUUGUCCCGACUAUAUCAACCUGAUGGCAGACCGUGCCCGCCUGUCAAAGUUGCCAUCUUGGACCGAGAGUGAUCCACCGGGUGCGAAGGUCCUCGGCUCAGAGGCUCUCCCCGCAUCUUUCUUGGAGACUGUGAAGCGAUUAGACCCCGCCAGUAUGUUUUUGCAGCAUGUGGACUGUGGGCCGUCGACGGGUCCCUUGCGCGAGGGCCCACUGCCCCAACCGUCGGAGAGUGAGCAGCAGGUGCUACGACCCAUCUUAAAUCGUACUCUGGCCGGAAAGCGAAUUCUCAACCUGGCAGGUGGUAUUGAUAAGCUGGUCCCCUAUCACCGGGGUGAGCACUUCCUCGAUUGGUUUAAAAAGACCAUCUCCCCCGAUGGCUGGUAUGGUGACGGGGCCAUCUCGUUUGAAGAUAUCAUUGACGAGGCAGCGGGACAUGAGGUCACUGACAAAAUGGUUGAUGAGGCGGUACGCUUUAUCAGUGAGACAUUAGCAGCAGGAUCUGAUGCCACUGGACGACGAGGCUCGGUGCGUGAGUCUAAGAUGUGA